AAAGUUUCCAAAAUCCCAUUCUUAUCCAUGUAGAUACCAUUUUAUGAACUUUCCUCAUAUUCCUUACUUGUCAUUUUCCCCUCUUCCCACUCUUUUAUAUACUUACAACACAUUGAAAACGUUGUAUUACACCACAUAUCUUUGGACUCAACGUCCUCAACCUUCUGCCCGGUCGAAAGCUGUAGACAACACACCCAAAAGUCCAUAGAAACAAGAAGAAGAAGGAGGGGGAGGAGGCAGAGGAGGAAGAGGAAAGAAGAGAUGGAGAUGACGGGUUUGCAAAGGUCUACUACGUCGUUUAGGAGGCAAGGGUCGUCGGGGUUAGUAUGGGAUGACAAGUUCUUAUCAGGAGACCUUGACCAAAUGAAGCUUAAUAAUAAUAACAACCAAUCAGAUGGCAUGAUGAGACGUACCCGAUCGGACGGGGGAGGUGGACACAUGUACCGGGUGACGAAGGCGGCGUCGCCGAGCAUAGACCCUCCCUCUCCUAAGGUCUCCGGUUGUGGCUUCUGUGGGGUUUUCGGCAAACCGGACGCAGCCAAGAACAGAAGAUCAAACAAACGUAAGUCGUGA